UACUCUUUCUAGAGUUAUCCAAGCGCAAUGUGUGUGCAGAAACAGAGGGCCAGCCUCACCCCCGGCACCUAUACAAGGGAGUGCCAUGGCCUUCCUUGUUCAUGACACACCACCCCAAGCUCCUGGUUCUACAUGGCGAUCCGAUCACCAGCGUUGCCGCUGCUACUAGCAGCGUGCCUGCUACUUGCACUCACCGGAAGACUGCGUGCCGAACCAUGCAUCGCGGUCUACUGGGGCCAAAACGGCUACGAGGGAGGCUUACGAGAAGCCUGUGCCACCGGCAACUACAAGUACGUCCUCAUAGCCUUCUUCAACCAGUUCGGCGGCAACCAAGAGCCGCAGCUGAACCUCGCCGGCCAUUGUGACCCCAACACCACCGGCUGCACUUUCCUGAGCAACGACAUCGUCUCGUGCCAGAGGGAUUACAACGUCAAGGUGAUGCUCUCCCUGGGCGGCGCCAUCGGCAACUACCGCCUGGUGUCCAAGGAGGAAGCCAGGGAGGUCGCCCGCUACAUCUACAACAGUUUCUUGGGCGGCUCUUCCUCCAACCGGCCCCUCGGGAACGCCGUGUUGGACGGCGUAGACUUCGACAUCGAGGGAGGGAGCAGAGACCACUGGGAAGACGAGGAAAAUCCUCUAUUCUGUUAGGGAAAUCUUUCCUCCUAAUUCCUAUAAAUAGGAGAGGGAACAUGUUAAUAGAUUCAAGCUAAAGUUUCUCUACUUCAAUAAAGUUUCUUAUAUUCUAUUGUUCU